AUGAGUGUCUUCAUCUCCUCUCCGUUGACUAUCCCAACGAUCUCUCACUCAAUGAAGGGCCUUCAAGAUAUUUUGAGCGAGCAUGGCUAUCGUGUUGGUUCCCUGUUUGUACCCGAUAAACCAUGCGAUGAAAGUGGGGAAAAGGUUGAGUUGCAACUCAGCCAUUUGGAACAGCCUGUGAAUAUCUGCAUCAGCCCCGAGUCCUCUACCGUCUUCCGAAAACCGACUAAAGUCUCAUUUGAAUAUGGGAAAGUCAUCGAAUUUCUCAAGCACUUGUCGACAAAUUCGUCAACCGAUUUUGAUGUUCUGGCGCAAGCACUGGUUGCCAGUUUAGAGGUGCAAGUCGGUGAUCUUAUGACUUAUGACAAACAAACGUACGUCUCUCUUGUUUCUGGGGCCCUUGACACCAUCGAAAGAGCAAGACUGUCAAAUACUGGCUCCUGCGACUCUAAACUGGUUUCCAUCUACAUCUCCCCGUUUGACAAUGACUUUCUCCUCGCAGUGACACGCAUUCUGAAGACUUUUACACAGGGAAGGGGAGUCGUUGUCUACUGCGCCUCAUUGCGAUUGAUGCUGCCUUUGUUUGUGUUUACAAAACGUGCUAUUGCCGCUGGUGCUCCGCCACAUAUUAUCGCUUUUUUGCCUCUCAACAAAGUCGACAAAAAGGACUACUAUGUAUCUUCAAUUCAAAUGAUCAUGAAACCCGCCGAUUUAGAUAGCGCUGCUAGGGCGAUUGUGAAGAGUUCUUUCUAUCAAGCCGGAACAUCAUCCUGGCGUCCUUCUGUGGUGCUUGUUGAACAAUCUUGUGAAACUGACUUCCAUAAGAAGGUGAAGAGUCUUGUUUCUAGUGCAACUCAGGCAACCGAUACUCUUAACGAAAAUUCACAUCUGCUUAACUUUUGUGUCAUCCCUUCUUACUUAAAAAAUGAUCUGGACGAGUUUCUCAACCUGGCCUCGAACGAUGGUGGAGAAAUCCUUCGUCCCUCAGAUACCAGUGGCCCUAUCUUCAUUUUCGCUCUUACUCCAGCCGCAGCGGUGUUGGACAAAGCCAAACGUUUCCCACUUGGACCUUUUACUUUCGUUAUGCCCUUCCGUACGGUGAAGGAAGGUCUUAAACUGGCCAAAUACUUCAGCGACCGCGAAGUUCGUGUUCUGGGAGCUGGCGAGUACGCCAGUUGUACUCCCAAAUCGGCUACAAUUUGGACGGAGAACUCCAGUCUCUCUCUCCAAGUACUCGCUAAGUUGUCUGGCUACACGACGCUCGGUGUAAAUUCUGAUAUACACCGUCUGUCUGCCUCUUUCUACUUAUCUGAGUGCUCCGCUAGCAUUCCGAGUGUCCAUCUCCCCGGUCUACCCGUUCCUGUGAACGAAAUCUUCCGCAAUGUCAACUCAAAUGCUGCCGCUGAACUGUCAAAGACAAUCGCUUCUACGGAGAAAUUGUUCCAGGUCUGGAAGAAAAUCCCAUUUAACAGACGGUUGGCACUUUUUACUCCCUGUGAGGACCUAGCUUCCAUCGCCCCUAAGCUGGAACAACUUAACUGCGACACUGUAGCUCAGCUCGCUCCAGACUGUACACAUCUUACCUUGGAUGAUCGACUAAACUGCGCUUUCACAAAUAGACGUCUCUGCCUUCUUACUAAGUGGCAGGAUCCCUGUGGAACAGUGAGCAUUGUCCUCAAGUCUGGGGAAUUAUUGCCUAAUCUCAAGGAGCUGAUCCUCACCUCGAUUGUUCUGGGAAAUGUGGUGCUUCUAGUGGUGCCGAAGUCGACUACUGCCAGCGGAGAGGUGCACACCUUCUGUGGGACUAUAAACCAGCUUGUGACACAAUGUUGUCCUUCUCUUGGCUCGUUGGGCCCCAUUGUUCAGGUAAAACAGGUUGAAGUAUGUCCUAAGGGUAUCUCUUCGGCCCUUUCCAGUCUCGCGGUGCCUGGAGUCUUCUGCAUCUCUGCGCCCGAAGAGGAGUGCCUUACGGCGCAGGUGAAUGUAGAGAACCUCUGCCAUUUCACCUCAGUUUUUUGGUCCCUGGGUGGAGACCUUUUUGCUAACUAG